AUGACGGCCACUCCGUCGAUUUCGGAUUCUCUCGAGCUUCCCAUCUCGAAACGCUGCAUUUCGAACCGUCUGCUCAAAGCUGCCUUGACGGAAACCUUGGCAGAUCCCAACACGUGUCAACCCAAUGAGCGUCACUUUACACUCUACGAAACAUGGAGUCAAGGCGGUUGCUCCAUGAUUCUUACAGGAAAUGUCAUGGUCGAUCGCGAACACCGGGAAAGUCCACGCAAUGUCGUGCUGGAUGGGGACAGUGACUUGGCAGACUUUCAACACUGGGCCAAUGCUAUUCAUAGUCAUUCGGACGGCUAUAACAGUAAGCCUCUUGCCAUUAUGCAAAUCAGUCAUCCCGGUCGCCAAUGCCCCUUGGCAUGUACCCGGCGAGAAAUCACACCCGUAUCUUCCUCCAGUGCGCAACAAGCGCGACUCGUCUUGCCGGGCAUUCUUGGAGCUAUUUGUGGGAAAUGCCUGAUCCGUCCGGCAAGAGCCUUGGGCAGGCAAGAACUGCCCAGCAUCGUCCAAAAGUACGCCACGACGGCCAACUUGGCUGAAAAGGCGGGCUGGGAUGGCGUCCAGAUUCAUGCCGCACACGGGUACUUACUCUCCCAAUUUCUAUCCCCAUCUGCCAAUCAUCGAACCGACGAGUACGGAGGCAAGAAGGGUCGCAAAAAGUUGCUCCUAGAAGUGAUUGCGGCGGUGCGUGAGGCCACUUCACCGUCCUUUGUGGUGGGCAUCAAGAUCAAUACCAAAGAUCGUGCUGCAGAAGGAUCCGAGCGUGAAACGGAAUGCUUGCAUCUCAUUCAAGAUCUGUGUGACUUGCAACAGCUGGAUUUCAUUGAGUUGUCGGGUGGCAACUAUGAAGAUGCGAUCUUUAUCACUGCCACAGACGAUGCAGCUGCUACUACGACUGGGAUAUUUGGAUCGUUUGCGGAACGGUUGCAGGCACAGCUACAAGUCACAGAAGCAACCCCAAAGUUUGUGCUCACGGGGGGCUUUCGAACCAAAGCGGGAAUGCAACAAGCCCUCCAACAGAACUUGUGUAACAUGAUUGGGUUGGGACGACCCGUCAUUACAAAUCCCAGGUUCUCCAAGGAUAUCUUGGACGGCAACUAUGUGGACGACGACGAUGAUCCGGUUUCAUCCACGCUGCGAGCUCCAGUCUUUCAGGAAAUCCUCAAUGCCGCCUUGAACAGUUUGUGGUACCAACGACAAUUGCACCGCUUAUCCAUUGGACUAUCACCCAAUCCCAAGCUUUCAUACAUAUACACCUUGGUAGUCAGCUUUUGGGUUGCCUACAUUUGGGACUUCAAGUUUCAGGGCCACGCAGCCUACAAACAGAACAAGAAAGCCAACGGCAGCACGGAGAACAAGCAGGAGAAUUAG